ACCAGGCUGCAGCUAAGGUGGGAGAAAAAGUCCUGGCUUGGAGAACUGAGCGGAAAAAGCUAUCCCAAUGGGUUCUUGGAAAACUCUUCUCUUCUCCCCUUUCCUUCUGUGGAGUCAAAGGAAAGGGUUGAGGUUGAUGUUCCUGUUACUGACCCUGCAUCUGGGAAACUGUGUUGAUAAAGCAGAUGAUGAAGAUGAUGAGGAUUUAACAGUGAACAAAACUUGGGUCUUGGCACCAAAGAUUCAUGAAGGAGAUAUAACACAAAUUCUCAACUCCUUGCUUCAAGGCUAUGACAAUAAACUUCGCCCAGACAUAGGAGUGAGGCCCACAGUAAUUGAAACUGAUGUUUAUGUAAACAGCAUUGGACCAGUUGAUCCCAUAAAUAUGGAAUAUACAAUAGAUAUAAUUUUUGCCCAAACCUGGUUUGAUAGUCGUCUAAAAUUCAAUAGUACCAUGAAAGUGCUUAUGCUUAACAGUAAUAUGGUUGGAAAAAUUUGGAUUCCUGACACUUUCUUCAGAAACUCAAGAAAAUCUGAUGCUCAUUGGAUAACAACUCCUAAUCGUCUUCUUCGAAUUUGGAAUGAUGGACGAGUUCUAUAUACUCUAAGAUUGACAAUUAAUGCAGAAUGUUACCUUCAGCUUCAUAACUUUCCUAUGGAUGAACAUUCAUGUCCAUUGGAAUUUUCAAGUUAUGGAUACCCUAAAAAUGAAAUUGAGUAUAAGUGGAAAAAGCCUUCUGUAGAAGUGGCUGAUCCUAAAUACUGGAGAUUAUAUCAAUUUGCAUUUGUAGGGUUACGGAACACAACUGAAAUCUCUCACACAAUCUCUGGGGACUAUAUUAUCAUGACAAUUUUUUUUGACCUGAGCAGACGAAUGGGAUAUUUUACUAUUCAGACCUACAUUCCAUGUAUUCUGACAGUUGUUCUUUCUUGGGUGUCUUUUUGGAUCAAUAAAGAUGCAGUACCUGCAAGAACAUCACUGGGUAUCACUACAGUUCUGACUAUGACAACUCUAAGUACAAUUGCCAGGAAAUCCUUACCUAAGGUUUCUUAUGUGACUGCGAUGGAUCUCUUUGUUUCUGUUUGUUUCAUUUUUGUUUUUGCAGCUUUGAUGGAGUAUGGUACCUUGCAUUAUUUUACCAGCAACAAAAAAGUUAAGACUACUAGAGAAAGAAAGCUAAAAAAUAAGGCCUCGAUGUCUUCUGGACUCCAUCCAGGAUCUACUCUCAUUCCAAUGAAUAGCCUUUCUCUGCCGCAAGAAGAUGAUUAUGGGUACCAGUGUUUGGAGGGCAAAGAUUGUGCCAGCUUCUUCUGUUGCUUUGAAGACUGCAGAACAGGAUCAUGGAGGGAAGGGAGGAUACAUAUACGCAUUGCCAAAAUUGAUUCCUAUUCUCGAAUAUUUUUCCCAACAGCUUUUGCCCUGUUCAAUCUGGUUUACUGGGUUGGCUAUCUUUACUUAUAAAUUCUACUUACUAGGCAAAACUCAUAAGAAGUAUGACUAAAUCCAAUAUAAUCGACUGUCCUUCAAUAACAUGAAGUUUAAAUUUAAAAUGCAGAGAAACCAAUGGUUAAAAUGUGAAUAGUUAUUUUAACUAUUUUACAGCUUUCUUAGGUAAAGUAGCAGCUUUCAGAUUAAUAUACGUAAAUUUAUGUAAAACAGAUUAGUUUCAAAAUUCAGUAUAUUAAAAUAGUAUUAUAUAUUUGUACUUUAAUUUUCUUUAUUUUUACAUAUAUCCAUUAUGAUUUUGAAUUUAUAAGUUCUGUGAUUCAUAUUUCAAAUAUGGAAUAAUUUUAAUAUAUAUUUUAUUUAAACAUAACCUAUCGUUUGUAAUGGUAGCUUAAUCUAAUGCCUAAUAUUUAUGUAAUAUGUUUUUGCUUAGAAAAUAUUGUUAAUGUGAUUUUUUUUUGCUUUUUAUUUUUAUGCUCUGUUUGGAAUAGAGCUAGUUGAAAACAUAUGAAACAUAUGAAAACAACGAUUUCAUUGGAUUGACUUCCAAGAAACUUUAUUCCCAAAAAGAAAUUAAUUUUUUUUUUAAUUUUUUUAUUAUUUAAAAAAGAAAAGACCAUUUUACCUUAUCUUUGAUCCAGUUUAUUUCCUGAUGAAACAUUAAAUAAAACUCCAGUUAUAUCUAGGUUUGGUGAUUUACAAACUAAGAUGGAAACCAUCAAAGUAAUUUAAAUACAAGGUGAAAAAAAAUGAAGAAUAUUACAUUUAACCAUUUUAUUCUCUGCCGCAAACGUUUAUGAAGAAUGAAGAGAUUAUCACUGAAGUGUUUAGAUCUACCGACCCUGAAAUUAAAUACAGAAAGAACUGACUUUUUCUUAACCCUCUACAAAAAUGUUACAUUCCUUAAAUUAACCAAAAACAUUGAGGAACAGGGCUUGUAUUUGCUCAUUGUGGCUAAAGAAUUAUUAUCUAGCAAAUUGAUUUGAAAUGCAUAUUGAGGAUAUGGUCUUAAUUACCUACUAUUAACAUUUUUCAGACCAGAAAUGUUCUGGAAACACAGUCUUAGGCUUGUGUUCUGUAUCACCUUUUCCAGUUCCUAAAUUUGGACUUGGUCAGCUUUACGACUUUGUUAUCAAUUUUAAUGAUAUUCUCUUUUCUUAGAAGAUGUGAGCAGGCACAAAAAUCAUGUUAAAGGUGGAGUUCUGUUAGAGGCAACUCUAAAGAAGAUGAGUGUGUGGAGCUCUCUCAAUUCUGAGAGGAACAAAAAUAGUCUUACUAUAGUUUAAAGCCUGUUGCUUAAUAGUUUCCAAAAUGUCUGUUUUGUUAAGAGGCGAGAUAAAUUUAGGCUUUAAUUAAUCUAUUCCUGUAACUAGUUGGGCAUAUCAACUAUUUAUAAGAACUCCCUAUUCAUUCACCAUUACCUAAAUAUCUGUAAAAUCACCAGAGUGAUCUUGAAGAUAGCCUUUAAAAAUUGUUUCCAUUGUCAAGAGCAACUAUCAGGAUGAAUAAUUUUGUGAUCAAGGCCUAUCUUAUGGUAUGUGGAGGAAGCUAUCACCUGUGCGCCUGACACCACGUGGAUAGUGAAUACAUGUGUAUGCUUUGGCAUGGUUAUACUUAUGUUUUUAGAAUAUAUAGUGUUUUUUUUAAUCUAAAUAUGUUUCAUUAUGUAUCCAGCACCUACAUCUGAACUUUCUCACUUUGCUUAUAAAUCUUGGAAAAACGUAAGCAUGAAUUAAAUGAUAUUGCCCAAAUAUCCACCGACACUCCUUUUUUCUGAAUGGAGAGCCAAAUUCAACUUUGGCCAUGUAUAUAUUCACUUACAAAGUGCUCAUGCAUUCAUUGUUAUAACGUUGAGUAUUGAUGGAUAUUCUUAACGUAAACAUUCAUUUAAUGAUAAAUGAAAAAUGAAGUACCAAUGAAGAAUAAAUCAUUUCACUAAAAUGUAUCAUGGCUAUUUCCAUGUUUUAAGCUAUAGCCUGCUCAUUAUCAUGGAGGCAGCUUUAAUUCUGGGAUUCUUUCAAGUCUAUCAGCAUGACCCUAUUUUAAAAUUCUUAAAAAUGCUUAAUACUAAUAGCUUUGAUUUUCUCACUGGUGUUCCAUUAACUUGGCUUUAAAUGUUGACAGUAUUUACAAGAGGAAAUAAAAUAUGAUAUGAUGACAAAAAUAUGACAGAUGCUUUCUAUAUACAUUCAUUGUAUAUAUCAUCAAAACUAGUGCUUUGUUUUCAAAGCCAGUGGCAUUUUGAACAGUUCUGUUUAAACAAGCAGAUCAGAAAGGGAAGUGUGUAAAAAUCUUAUUAUUUCUCAAAAUGAGAAUGAAAAGGUGAAAAUGCAGUUAGAUUAUUUUUACAAGAAAUCAAGUAGAGCUUACUUUCAAAGUGUAUGCAGUCUAAUCCCUGUUUCUCUCUUCUUUCAAGUAUUAGUUUUAUCAUCUUGAGAAAUAAUUUUUUUAAAAUCCUCCUCUUUCUCCAGGUGAGUUAUAUCUUAAUUUUAUUGGAUUCACUGGUACUUGUGUUUCCUGACAGAUUUAAAUGUUUUUAACACUAAUAUAGAC